UUCUCUCUACCAAGUCACUCACUCCUCUCCUCAGCACUCUGCUCUCAUUCUCUCCACUUUUUUGAGGUAUGAAUUUUUUUGAUGAAAUUAGAAUGUGAUUUAGGUUAGAAUUUGGGUAUUUCUAGUUUUGUUGAUGUAAGGGAUCAUUAAUAUUGUUGACUCAUUUUCUAAGCAUGUUUCUGAGUUAAAAUCUAUUCAAGAAGUUGAAGUUGUGGAACAAAUUGCUGUUCGGGAACUUGAAACUGGAAAGUGAGCUAACCAGACAUUCAAUUUGCAAAGAGCUGGAGCUACACAGUGGAGUUCAAGCAUAAGGUAAAUUUAGCACACCUCAAAUUUGAUUCCUGGUUCCGUGCCUGCAAGUCCCCAUGCCUCAAAAACAACCUUCACAAAGGCGUAGAGCUCUCGCUCUCCCCAUCAAUCUCCCACAUUCGUUUAAUCUCGACCUUUUAAUGUUAAAGAGGGUGGAUCAAGAAUCAUAGAUAACGUUUAUCCACUAGGGUCACGUUUAUACAAAAUCCACAAGGGUACGUAACCUCUUGCCCACGCAAGUUAGAAUGAGUUGGGCCUUUCUUAAAGCCCAACGAAGAUUCCACAGAGGAAGCAAGAGAGAAUAUCUGGUAUCCAAUCCAAGAGCGAGGGAGCUUGGUUGACCAGAGCCGCAGGGAAGGAAGGAAAGGAAGGAAGGCGACGAUGCCGACGCUGACGAAGCUCUACACAAUGCAAGAAGCCUCGCAGCACAACACCAAAGACGACUGCUGGAUCGUCGUCGACGGCAAGGUGUACGAUGUGUCAACAUAUUUGGAUGAUCACCCUGGUGGAGAUGAUGUAAUCCUUGCUACAACUGGCAAAGAUGCCACUGACGAUUUUGAAGAUGCUGGGCACAGCAAAAGUGCAAAGGAGCUCAUGGAAACCAUGUGCAUUGGAGAGCUUGACACAGACACCUCCGCCUCAGCUGAACUUGAGAAUCAACCAACUGGCUAUCCGCAGAAGCUCAUGAUCCUGACAAAGCAAUACUGGGCUGUUCCUGCGGCUGUUGUGGGCAUCUCUGUGGUGGUUGGCUUCGUGUACUUGCGCAAGAAGAAUACAUGAUUCUGCCAUUGUUACUCGGAAGGGAAUUAGUCACAAUUUUGAAUAAUUAGGUGAUUAGUAAUUGAGAGAAGUGGCCCAUUGGCCAUUAUUAUAUGAUUACAAUUUACAAGCAUUGGGAACUUGCACAUUGUGAUUCAGAGAUCGUUUUAUGGAUUUCAGAUAUGACAUUGACAGAUUUUCAGUAAGAUGUGACUGAAAUUUGGGAGUUUAGUUGUGGAUUUCCAAUGUCUACUUGAAUGAAAACCGAAGGUUAAACCUGUUCUUU